AUGCGACGCGGCGUGCGACGCCGUCCGCGUCAAGUCCCCGAGCGACGCAGCCGCCGGCCGCACCAGAAGGACGCGUCCGGCCGCGAACAGCUCGGACGGGUCGGGGUUGAACAGCAGCGCCGGCGGGUGCGUGGCGGCCGCGUACGCCUGCUGCUGCUGCGCAGCGAGGCUGAUCUCGUCCUUGACGCCGGUCCCGAACACGGCCGGGAUCGUGUCGAAGAGGAGGAUGUAGAGCAGGAAGCGCGGGAUCUGCGGACCCAGGGCGCCGGGGCGGUUGGCCGCCGCGAGUGCGACGCUGCCAAGGGCGUGCGCGCAGGCCGCGAGGUCGCUCUGGAACGCCCAGUGCGCUUCGAGUCCAGCUGCUUUGACCCUGCGAGAGAGAGGAGCCAAUCAGCGGAGCUUGUCGGCGUUCCGCGCCGAUCGUGA